UUUCACUCCCUGCCUAAUGUAUAUGUAUGGCAGCAGGGAGAGUUUGUUUAAUUCCUACAUGCCACACAGGGGUGGACUGACAACUCAUGGACCCCCGGGCAAUAGGGGAUCAUGAAGCCCCUGUGUCCUUGCCCAAACUAAAAAAAGCCUAUAAAAAAGGUACCAGGGGCAUCUCAUGGGCCCCCUACUGACCCCAGGCCCUCGGGCAGUGCCCGAGUUUCCAAAUGGUCAGUCCGCCCCUG